CAAAUUUUUUUUUUGCAGGUUGCUAUGGCGCUAUACCCUGUACAAAUCACGAUGAUUGUGGAGGUAUACAGUGUCCUGCUGGGUACGCCCCAUACUGCGCUACCAUUUUAUUCAGCCAAUGCAAAUGCAGCCAAUCUGAUGCAAUAUGGUCGACGUGGACCGCAUGGAGUCAAUGCAGCGUAACGUGUGGCGCUACGUCGGGUUCGCGAACAAGGCAGCGGAAUUGUGCAAAGAGCGGCACCAGCCACGAUUUUUGUGUCGGUAACCACCUCCAAGGAGAGGUGUGCCGUGCAACUUCAUCACAUUGUCCACGAGACGGCCACUGGGGACAUUGGCUUGCCUGGUCUCCAUGCAGUGUAUCGUGUGGUAAAGGAACGAGGCAGAGACACCGGGAGUGUAACAACCCUCCCCCAGCCUAUGGAGGAUCCUACUGUUCGGGUUAUGUCAGAGAUAACCAGGCUUGCUCCCAUUCUUGUACAAGUAAGACCAUAGCAAAAUACGAUAUGUUAACGUUGUCAUUUGCUUUUAUAUGA